AUGGUCUGGUUACUCAAAAAACCACAUCUCGUGGCACACAAAUUUUACUUCAAAGUACAACCUGCUGCUUAUUUUUGUAUUUACAAAAAAGUGCGAGAGCGGGCUUUGGAAAACAACUGGACGUUCGAUGACAAAAUGUAUGGUGAUUUACCUGGACCACGGAUGACCCGAGGCCAAAGUGUUCAGGAGUGGUUUGAUGAGAAUGCUAGCUAGCG